AUGACCCAGGCAAAACCCAAGAACAUCGUCAUCGUAGGAGGCUCACUAGGCGGUCUCAUGGCUGGAGUUGCAUUGAAGCGUCUGAGAAAAGACCUCAACAUCCGCAUCUUCGAGCGCAACCCAACGCCCCUUCUCCAAGACCAAGGCGCAGGUGUUGUAGCCGGCCGAGAAGUGCAAAAGUUCUUCGAAACCCAUGACCGGACCAAUACACCACUAACAGUCCCAAGCCACCAGCGGCAAUAUCUCGACAAACAAGGCAAAAUAAUCAGCCGCCACGACCAAGACCAACACAUGACAAGCUGGGACCUCCUCUACCACCUCCUCCGCACAAACUACGACGGCACAAAAACCGACUACGCUGCAGUCCCCACCCCAGAACCCGGCGAAGGAAGCACAUCCUACAAAUACGGCUGCACAGUCACAAGCGUAGACGUCUCAUCCCCAGACUUGUCCACCCCCGUCCAAAUAUCCUACACCCACACCUCCGGCAAAUCGCACACCACCCCCGCAGACCUCGUCCUCGCCGCCGACGGCCCCAGCUCCCAAAUCCGCACUUCCUACUUCUCCUCCACCACACGAACCUACGCCGGCUACAUAGCCUGGCGCGGCACCCUACCCGAGUCCUCUCUCUCAGCUACAACCCACUCCCUCUUCACUAACACCUUCACCUUCUUCCAUGCCCCUGGUACCCAAAUCCUCGCUUACACGAUUCCCGGUGCACAUGGCACUACGGAACCAGGAAGCAGAUUGUUAAAUUGGGUCUGGUACGUUAAUGCUCCUGAAGAUUCGACUGAGCAUGAGGAAGUGAUGACGGAUGUACAUGGGAAGAAACAUCAUAUCACGCUUCCUCCUGGCGGUAUCAAUCUGGGGGUUUGGGAACGUCAGAAGAAGAGGGCCAAAGAGAUGUUGCCGCCGCAGUUUGCGGAGGUGGUACGUGGAACGGAGGUUCCAUUUGUGCAGGCGAUUACAGAUGUGAUUGCGCCGGCGGCGGUGUUGGAGGGAGGAAGAGUGCUGUUGCUGGGUGAUGCGCUUGCAGGGUUUCGGCCGCAUACGGCGGCGAGUACGAAUCAGGCGGCGCUGGAUGCUAUGGCGCUGGCUGGGGCGGUGGAGCGCUUGUUGGGAGGGAAGAUGGAGGCGCUGGAGGAGUGGGAGGCGGAGGUUAUGCGGUAUGCGGUUGAGAUGCAGCGACGGGGGGUGGAGAUGGGGGAUAAGAGUCAGUUUGGGGAGCAUGAGAUGCAGAGAUAG